AAUUGCCCAGUCGUACAACCCAAUUGCUUGCUGGACACAGAGUAAUAUGGCCAAGUUUGGAAAUUACUUAUACGCAACUCUUUUAGUAUUUGCUGCUGCUUCUAUCACUUAUGCUUAUGUUGAAUUCCGUUUUUCUUCAAUCUAUGGUGAUCAUAUGGUGUUGCAGCAAGCACCAAAACAGGCAAUCGUGUGGGGUUAUGGUGAAAUUGGUCAGAGAGUGGUGCUGAGGCUUAGUAACAAAUCGUAUCAUGCACACGUCUCUUCGAGACAGGAAGGAAGGGAAGAAGUCGGAGUAUGGCAAGUUGCAUUACAACCAAUGAGAGCUGGAGGUCCAUAUCGUAUUUCUGCUUAUUCAUAUGUAGAAGGAAGUCUAAAAAUUAUAACUUUGGAUGAUGUUUUAUUUGGAGAUGUUUGGAUUUGCAGUGGUCAGAGCAACAUGCAGUAUACACUGGACAUUUCAGAUGAUGGGGAUAGAGCAAUCAAUGAAUCAAUAAAUUAUCCCAACAUACGUGUAUUUACUUCUGGCCUUGAUUGCUCUAUGACUCCUCGAAAGGAGUUAAGAAGUAUAGUGUUGCCUUGGUCCAUUCCUUCACCAGAAACGUUAAAUGGGACCGCUGAUGGGAUAUUGUGGAGUUAUUUCUCUGCCGUAUGUUGGUAUUAUGGAGUGCACCUGUACAAAACGUUGAACUACCCAAUUGGCCUGAUUGCCAGCAGCUUUAGUGGAAGCCCUGUAGAAUCAUGGUCUUCACCAGAUGCCCUUUUAGAAUGUGGAUGGAAUGGGCAUGUCUUAAUUUCUCCACCAAUAUUACUUCUUGGACCACAAGGUUACCCUGACAUUGGAAGCUUCACUCUAUAUAGUUGUAUGUGGAAUGCCAUGAUUGUUCCGUUUCUCAAUAUGACAAUCUACGGUUCCAUAUUUUAUCAAGGAGAGACAAAUGCUUUAGCCCGAGAGUUUAAUGUGUUGCCAUAUAACUGUACAUUUCCUGCUAUGAUAAAUGAUUGGAGAGCAAAAUGGUACGCUUCUACACAACAUAACACUGACCCAGAGUUUCCCUUUGGUUUUGUACAGUUGUCUGCUGUUGGUCAAAGUAUAGGAAGUAACCAAUUUAACUUUGCUCCAUUACGUUGGGACCAGACAGCAGAGAAGGGCUACGCUCCCAAUGCACAACUGCAGAAAACUUUUAUGGCUGUAGCAAUGGACUUGGGAAAUCCUUUAUCGCCACACUUCAGCAUUCAUCCUACUGACAAAGAAAAUAUUGGCUAUCGCUUGGGGUUAUCAGGUCUUUCAUUAGCUUACGGUAGAGAAAGGUACUACACUGGACCGCUCGUAUCAGAAAUCAAGAAGAUUGCAACCGAACAUGACACGCUUCUUGUAGUAAAUUACGAAUCAGUGAACAUAAAUAUUGAAGUACGGAACAGCACAGGCUUUGAAGUCAAUUGUCAUGGUAACUGGACAGCGUCACCAAUUGUGUACAAUAGCAGCACAUCUGUGUUUAUACUGUCCCGUUGUAAUCCUGACAAAGUCAGAUAUGCUUGGUCUGACUAUCCCUGCGAGAGACUAAAGUGUGCUGUUUACAGUGGAGGACUACCUUCUCCACCAUUUAUUAUGGAUGGUCCUUUUUCUUAAAAUAAAAACUUAAAUGACUGUUAUGACGUAUUAUCAACUUUCUUUAGUUAGCAUUCAUUUUUCAUUCCUUACAGUUGGUCUUUUUCCUUGAAAUAAAAACUGAAAAAAUUAAUUCUUGCCCUUCGAAAAUUAAUAAAUAUUUUUAUGAAGACGACCAUAUUUUUCAGUUUUAUAUUUUUUAAACAUAGUCCUGUUUCGACUUAAAUACAAGCUAUAUUCAGUGCAAAAGCAUACGCUAUUUACAGUGUUGUAUAUAUAACAUAGAAGUAUGUUACAAAUGAGGCGAUACUCAAUGAUUAGAUUAAUUACAUUAUAGAUCGUCCAGGCUGG